AUGGGAGAUGUUGUAGCAUUAGAUGAUUUGUUAAAAGAGGAUCCACUUGUUCUCUGGAGAGUGUCUUUGUCAUCUAGAGCAGAAACACCACUUCAUGUUGCUUCACUUGCCGGCCAUGUUGAUUUUGUGAGAAAGAUCAUGGAGCUGGUGCCUUCAUUUGCGCAAGAGCCUAACAAAGAUGGUUUUGCCCCAAUUCACCUGGCGACAGCUGCAGGGCACUUACAAGUAGUGAGGGAGCUUUUGAACAAGGGGGAUUCCGACCUGUUUUUGUUGAAGGACAAAGCAAGGAGAACGCCACUCCACCAUGCAGCCAUGAAAGGGAUGAUCGAUAUCAUAAAUGAGUUGCUAUCAAACUGUCCUCAUCAAAAAGGCAUGGAGCAAGUGACUUCCAACGGUGAAACUGUUUUACACUUGGCAGUAAAGAACAGUCAAUUUGAAGCAUUCAAAGUUCUGUUUGAAAUAUCAAAAAAGCUAGAGGAUCAUGAGGAACGAGUAAAUGCAAAAGAUAAGGAAGGUAAAACAGUCUUUGAGAUUGCAAAUGCAAAUGCAACAAAUCAUGUUCAGGAUGAAAACUUGCUACCCGUUAUCGCCACAAUGAUAGCAGCGGCAACGUUCCAAGCCGGAUUGAAUCCUCCCUCAUCUAUCUGGGAAAAAGGAGUCCAUCUUGAUAACAAAUGCAUUAUACCUACUCUAAAUUACCGACAUGCGGGGGAUUUUUUUGGGUUAAAAUCGUGCCCAGCUUCAAGAUUCUAUGGUUUCAUGCUGUGCAAUACGUUUGCCUUUGCUGCCUCCGUCGUCCUCAUCCCUUUUCGCCGGGAUCCAAGGAUGGCACCACUUCUGACAAUGAUUUCCCUUUUCUUCUUGCUUUUUACUUACCUUACCUCUCUAGGCACCACUGCUCCUAACGUAUUUUUCUUCGCCUUAGUAUGUGCAAACGAAGCGGAAGAACCAACUUACAGGGAGAUGCAAGUUCAGAAAGGCGGUACCAUGCAUUUCAUGGUUCCGGUCUUGACUUUGGAUGAUAUGAAGUGCUCUAUUGCAAGCUUGCGCGAUAUCGUUUGGGUUUAGUCUAGCUUUUGAAAGCCGGACCUACUAUGUAAACUAUUACUUUUUUAGCUUGAUGUGUUGGAUGUUUCGGAAGGCUGCUUUAUAGGACAUGAAUGAUGAAUUGAAGAUGGUGAUGUUGUGUUGCAGCUUGCUUUGUUUUUUCUUCUCAUCUCUGUUUUAAUGCUUCCUGGAAGCUUAGUUGACCUUUUGAAGUUCCAUUGCUCGACAUCCGAGCUUUUUCCCCUUUUUUUUUGCAUAUUUUAAUGUUCCUUUGUUAAUAUCUUCUGUUUUGCAAGCCAUUGUUUACAAUGGGACGUAUGGCUGAAGAAAAGUAUAAGAUUAUUUCUAAGCUGAAUAAUGGAUUCUGCAGGUGCAGGAGAGAGUGAAUAAGCUGUACUGGAGAAUUAAAGCUACUUUUACUUAUGGAUAGACUGUGCAACUAUAUAUGUUGUAAUAAAUUCAGUUUUGGUGU